CGUGGUGGUUGGCAGCGAGCGAGGGAGCGCGCACGCAAGGAGGGAGGAGAGGGAGGAGCACAUCCUAAUGCAGAGAUGCUGCAGUGGCUUUGGGCACACACAUCCACACUCGGGCAGGCACCAGGCAGGCACUGCCUCGCAGCUGAGCCUCUGGCACCAGCCGGGCCCCACCAGCCCGCAGCUCAUGCACCCGCACCCACCCUACGCAAGGGCUGCUGUCCCCACUCACCCAUAGAGGCUCAGCUGCGGAGGCCGUAAUCCAUCUGGAGGUGCAGGAUGGGAAGCACCGCUGAAUCUGUCUGUACAUCCUUAGCUGUCUUCAUCUUUCUGGUUCGGUGCCAAGCACAGAGCAGCACUAGGAACUAUGGGCCAGUGUUUGAGGAGCAGCCUGUCCACACCCUCUUCCCUGAAGGCUCAGCAGAAGAGAAAGUCACACUAGCUUGCCGAGCAAGAGCCAGUCCUCCUGCCACCUACAGGUGGAAGAUGAAUGGCACAGAGAUAAAGAUGGAGCCAGAUUCCCGUUACAGGCUGGUUGCAGGCGACCUAGUGAUAAGCAACCCGGUGAAAGCUAAGGAUGCUGGCUCCUACCAGUGCGUGGCGUCUAAUUCCAAGGGCACAGUGGUCAGCAGGGAAGCCUCCCUUCGCUUUGGCUUUUUGCAGGAAUUCUCCGCAGAAGAGCGAGACCCCGUGAAGAUUACAGAAGGAUGGGGAGUGAUGUUCGCCUGCAGCCCUCCCCCCCACUAUCCAGGCUUAUCCUAUCGAUGGCUCCUGAAUGAGUUUCCCAAUUUCAUCCCAGCCGAUGGAAGGCGUUUCGUCUCUCAGACCACAGGAAACCUUUACAUUGCCAAGACGGAGGCUUCUGACCUGGGGAACUAUUCGUGCUUUGCCACCAGCCACAUCGAUUUCAUCACCAAGAGCGUUUUCAGCAAGUUCUCCCGGCUCAGCCUCGCUGCAGAGGAUGCCAGGCAGUACGCACCCAGCAUAAAAGCCAGGUUUCCUGCUGACACCUACGCUCUGACCGGGCAGAUGGUGACUUUGGAGUGUUUUGCCUUUGGAAACCCCGUUCCUCGAAUAAAGUGGAGGAAGCUGGAUGGCUCACAGUCCUCCAAGUGGAUCGGCAGCGAGCCCCUCUUGCAGAUCCAGGAUGUUGGCUUUGAGGAUGAAGGCACUUACGAGUGUGAAGCUGAAAACGCCAAAGGGAGAGACACCUACCAGGGCCGCAUCAUCAUUCAAGCUCAGCCAGACUGGUUGACAGUAAUUGCAGACACGGAAGCCGACAUCGGGUCUGACCUGCGUUGGAGCUGUGCGGCUUCCGGCAAACCCAGACCCACAAUCCGAUGGCUUCGGGAUGGGCAGCCGCUGACCUCCCAGAACCGCAUCGAAGUGAGCGGUGGAGAGCUGAGAUUUUCCAAGCUAGUCCUGGAGGACUCUGGCAUGUAUCAGUGUGUGGCUGAGAACAAGCAUGGCACAGUAUAUGCAAGUGCUGAAUUAACAGUGCAAGCCUUAGCACCAGAUUUUAGACUAAAGCCAGUGAAGCGACUGAUACCUGCAGCCCGAAGCGGGAAGGUCAUCAUCCCAUGCCAACCAAGGGCGGCACCAAAAGCCACCGUGCUGUGGACCAAAGGGACUGAACUUCUGAUCAACAGUAGCAGGGUGACUAUUACCCCAGACGGCACUCUGAUCCUCCAGAAUAUCAGCAAAUCUGAUGAGGGGAAGUAUACCUGCUUUGCUGAGAAUUCCAUGGGCAAAGCCAACAGCACCGGAAUCCUCUCUGUUCGAGAUGCCACCAAAAUCACAUUGGCACCAUCUAGUGCUGAUAUCAAUGUAGGUGAAAACCUUACUCUACAAUGUCACGCGUCUCACGAUCCGACCAUGGAUCUAACCUUCACCUGGUCACUAGAUGAUUUCCCCAUUGACUUUGACAAGUCCGAGGGCCACUAUCGGCGAGCCAGCGUGAAGGAAGCUAUUGGGGACCUCAGCAUCUUCAACGCCCAACUAAAGCACUCGGGGCGCUACACGUGUACAGCCCAGACAGUUGUGGACAGUGCUUCGGAGUCAGCUACACUGACCGUCAGAGGACCUCCAGGCCCCCCUGGGGGUGUGGUUGUGAGAGACAUCAGUGACACCACUGUCCAACUGAGCUGGAGCCGCGGCUUCGAUAACCACAGCCCUAUUGCCAGGUACCUCAUUGAGGCGCGGACCCUCCUCUCCAACAACUGGAAGCAAAUGCGUACCAAUCCUGUAAAUAUCGAAGGCAACGCAGAGACAGCCCAAGUGGUGAACCUCAUUCCUUGGAUGGAUUAUGAGUUUCGGGUCCUAGCGAGUAACAUUCUAGGAGUUGGGGAGCCAAGUUUACCCUCCAGCAAAAUCCGUACUAAAGAAGCAGCACCUACCGUGGCACCAUCUGGACUCAGCGGAGGCGGAGGGGCUCCCAACGAGCUGAUCAUCAACUGGACGCCGACACUGCGGGACUAUCAGAAUGGAGAUGGCUUUGGCUACAUUUUGUCUUUUCGCAAGAAAGGCACCCAGGGGUGGCUUACAGCAAGGGUGCCACAUGCAGAAUCGCUGCACUACGUCUACCGCAAUGAGAGCAUUGGUCCCUACACCCCCUUUGAAGUGAAGAUCAAAGCGUACAACAGGAAAGGAGAGGGGCCAGAGAGCCUGACUGCCAUCGUCUACUCUGCAGAAGAAGAACCUAAAGUGGCUCCUUUCAGAGUUACGGCCAAGGCUGUUCUGUCCUCAGAAAUGGAUGUGUCCUGGGAGCCCGUUGAACAGGGAGAUAUGACCGGAGUGCUUUUGGGCUACGAGAUCCGGUACUGGAAGGAUGGUGAUAAAGAGGAGGCAGCUGACAGGGUGAGAACAGCAGGGCUGGUCACAUCAGCACAUGUAACAGGCCUAAACCCCAACACGAAAUACCACGUGUCUGUCAGAGCUUACAACCGGGCUGGAACCGGCCCCCCCAGCCCCUCUACCAACGUCACGACAACAAAGCCACCACCAAAGAGGCCACCUGGCAACAUCUCUUGGACUUUCUCUGGGUCUACAGUCAGCAUCAAGUGGGACCCAGUGGUGGCGAAGGCAGAUGAGUCUGCAGUUACGGGGUACAAGAUGCUUUACAGGCAGGAUUCCCACUCUGCUCCCACGCUAUACCUGGCCAGCAAGAGCAGGAUCGACAUUCCUGUCCCCGAAGACUUCACUCACGCCUUUGUACAGAUCAGGGUGACGGGUCCAGGGGGAGAUGGCAUCCCAGCAGAAGUUCACAUCCUCCGAAACAGUGGAACAAGUAUGAUGGUGGAAGACUCGGUGACGAGGCCAGUGCCACACGCUGUCAUCAUCACAACUAACUCUCUAGCAAUGGUGGCCCUGAUCCGCUACCUGGAGCUCUGACGAUGGCCAGUGCAGAGGAGGACUCCAGACAUGCUUCCUCCCAAGCCAGUGGGGAACAACUUACUACUUGGCUGCUGCACCUUUCAGUUUGUACCACAGCAGCACUACAGAGAGAGGAUGUGACAACGUUGCUUUAAAGGAGGAAGAAAAAUACACCUCUUUUUGUUUGUUUUCGGAGAAAAUAAGCUUUCAUACAAGACAUGGGUCUUUAACCAAUUAAACAUUUUUUAAAGAGACAAGUAAAAGGAAGAAGAAUUCUAUGUGACUUCUAACAGCCAACUGCCCCACACACUGUAUCCAAUAGGUUUUCUGCCUUACGAAGCCAUGUACUAAAAUAACGAGACUGCUAAACUUGACUUCUUUUUGUUUUUCUAAAUACGUACAGUGAAUUUUGGGCAGGGAGAAGGGAGGACGGGGACUGAGGAUUUCACAGUGAUCAGCAUGUUUCAUGCCAAUCCCAGUCACAGCCAUCUCUCACGAAUUCUGGGACAGGAUUUUUUGUUCCUCCCACAUCACAAACCAAACUCUGCAGCAACCAGGCCAAGGAGAGAAAGCCACAAGCGAGAUCGAUCUCUGCCCCAUCCUGGUGACGGGGGAGCAGAGAGUGUAGAUUGUGAAAAGCUUUUUUAUGCCACUGGGGUUAACUUGCAACCCCAGCCGAUUGUUUGUAUCAACUGUUAUGCUGUGAGGUGAAACAUUCAAUGUUAUCCCUAUCCCACAUGCUUUUGGGGUGUUUUUUAUUAUGCUGUUCGCAUCUUUCCUUUUUAUUUGGGGAGGAGAAGGGGUAAGCGAAAAGGAGUUACUUUUCUAGCAUCUGCUAACACGGAGAGGCAGUUCUGCCUGGUAACAGGAGAUGUCAACAUAUCUGAUUUUAAUGCAGAGAGGGUCUUAAAGGAGGAAUAAAAAGGAAUAUUACGUGAUUUAACCAGGAACUGGAGACUCAAGGAAGCCAUCAUUGGGGCUACAAGGAAAAUCUGGACUCAGAUUCAUCUCCCUACACAAAGAGUUCUGCCCACCCGAAAUACCAGUUUCAACAUAGGACUGCAAGGGUGAGAUUUGAUCGGUCAGUCUGAUUUUCAGGCCCAAGGCUCAUACAGGUAAUGUAAACAGGAGGGCUGAUACCCCAAAGAUGUACAGGGAGGCUGAGGUGCACCAUAAACUCAAGGGGCUGGGAAGAGAUGUUGCAUAUUAAAAUCUCUCUGUCUCCCAGCAAAGCAAUCAAAUGACCAAAGUUAACCAGAAGCUGAUUUAUAUUGCUUGCUGAUUAGAUCCCAAGCACGCUCUUAGGGACCUUUACCUGCCUGCACCUUCUUCCUUCCCAGCAGAAAAUACUGCUGGCUGGAGCAAUCUCAAUUCCAGAAUUACCUGUCAAAGCUCUACACUCGCACAAAUGUGCAGUGGCAAAGGAUGAUGUACGGCUUCUACACUGGAUGCCAGUUCCUUAUCCUCGCUAAUCAUCCCAAAACUCCCAUGUCCUAGGCCUUAGUGAGCGUUUGAGAGCUUCCAUGCAGAAAUCGCUGGCCUCUUAAGGAGUUAUGCCUACUGCAUACAUCACAGAAUCAUGGAAUGGUUUGGCUUGGAAGGGACCUCAAAGCCCAUCCAGUCCCAACCCCCUGCCAUGGGCUGGAACACCUCCCGCUGGAUCAGAUUGCUCCAAGCCCCAUUGAACCUGGUCUUGAACACCAAAAUAUCCACAGCAUCCCAGCAUAAUUCUACAAAUCCAGAAGAAAGAAGGCAAAUGCACAGGUAGGUUCACAGCGUGGUGCGAAUAGCCAAGCUCUGGAGUGAGGAAGAAGGGCUCCUUUGGGUUUAGCCAACAAGAGAAACAAGAGCCUAUGGCUCUAAGUAAUUAUAGCACCGUUAUUUCACUGCCUCAGUUUCCCUUCCUGAAAAGUGAGGCACAAGAGAAUCAGUGCAAGUUCGUUGUAGUUUCAGAGUAGCUAUGUAUUCUCACUGCUGUCAGAAAAUGCCUGCAGCUCACAUUUGGGUGUCAGAGCAGACUCAAAUGACCCAGCUCAGGCACCAAGAGCAGUGUGCUCGAGGCAGCAAGGCUGAUGAGUCACUGCCCAAGUCCUUGGUGGUAAACUUGUCCCUGUAUUCACACUGCCUCUGCUACUUGGUCCUCAGUGUUUCCACAGCUCAGUGUUUCCUGAGCAUUACUGUGGAGAAACUCUGAAAAAUGCACACAGUGUUUGCAUUUUUGGACAGUCUAAAGCUGCAGCGCAGACAAGAUAGCGGCAAGUUGGGAAACACAGCAGGCAACGCCCCGGGUGAAGGACAGGGCAUGGUGGGGGCACAGGAAAGAUUUUUCCACUUGCAAUGCUGGAAGAUGAGAAAGCUCAAGCCCAGGCUAAACUCUGCUCUAGGCAAGACAGCUCAGCUUUUGUACAUAGACGCGAGCCACAUUAAGACAAAGACUGGCUUAUCUUAGGCAAAGCGUUCUGACAUUUAAUUUUUCAGAGGUUAGGUGACUCCCAGAAAACGGCUUACACCUGCAAACACAGCCAAGGCAGCACCGGUUAGGCUGUAUCCAGGCUAUAAAAAACCUACAUAUGAAGCCUAGCUGAAGACACCAACUGGAGAAAGAGAUGUGGAAGAAACCUACUGUGAAGCCAGGUAGAGCUUCCCACAAUGCAGUACAAGGUUUAAAAGGAAGGUGUUCAGACCCAGGGGAGAAAACUUAGAUUUUAAGAUUUUAACAGAGUUUACUGUUACUCUAUGUUAUUGCAUUAAGAUGCAAAUCAAUUUCCUGUCUCAUUAAGAGUUCCCAACAUUCAAUUGCUCUGAGCAUUUGCUUUAGGGAUUAGCUAACAGGCAUGAGUUAAGUGCUGUGGGGUUUGUUCUCAGCACUAUAACAGCUCGCUAAGGAAAAUAAUCUCAUUUCACAGGGUCCAACUUACUGGUCAAGAGUAAAAACCAACUUGACAAGGGUGCUGUAAACAGUUCUAGGUGGUCUGGGCCAAAUUAAGCACUCAGCUGAAUUCUGUUCCUGUUUGAAUCAGGAACAGCUCAUGUUUGUGGCAGGACAGAUGAAGCGUUGUGCUCUGAAUGGGAGGCACUCUCCUAUCUUUGCCCAAGGAAUCAGCUGGAUAAUGCAGACAUCACCUUCAGCUAACGCCAAAGGGGUCUAAAUCCCAUCUGCUCUGAACCUGCACAGCUAUUCCCCAUCCACAGAAACCCUCUGCUGGGAAUAUUUUAAUCCAGCUUCACUACACAUACAGAGCAGUUUUCUUCUUGGUAACUUUGUUGUACCCUAUUUUUUUAAGAAAACCUAACGAGAAACAUUGUAAGCAUACUGUACAUACUGUAAUUAUGGUUAUUUAUUGGCUAUGAUAGCAUACAGUUCAUAAAUAAAGAUCUUUAGAAACUUCAGACAACUGCUAGAGUACAGAGUCCUUCUGUCCAGCCUCAAAUGCAAUCAGUGCCCACCUCACUCAGGAGUCUCUCUGGUCCAGGACUGUACUUUUACUGAAUGCCAUUUGCACAUCCUCUUACAAAUAAGGAGCCCAGUGAGACCUCAUCUUCACAGAGUAGGACCUCUCAACAAAAUUUAAUUCAAUUAAGGUAGCGUAAAUGCAAUUUCUUUCCCACAACAGUCAUGAUCAGCCAAAAGAGGAGAUGAUCCAAAGGCUGGAGCACCUCCCAUCCAAGGGCAGGCUGAGAGAGUUGGGGUUCCUCAGCCUGGAGAAGAGAAGGCUCUGGGGAGAACUUAGCGCAGCUUCCAGUGCUGAAAGAAGCUCCAGGAAAGCUGGGGAGGGGCUCUGGAU